GCCGUUCGUAAAUUAUGUGGGUUUAUUUGUUAUGCAAUGUGAAUCAUAAACAAACUCGCAAUUGUUUGCAAUACAAAGUCGAAUCAUUCCUCUCCGACUAUGAAUUGCCCAUUCCCUCGUUAUCAAUCCGUCUGGUUGGGUUGACCUUAAACCAGUCAGUGGGAAAAUCAGAAACGAACCUUAUCUUUGCGUGCUCAGUUGCAAUCGUUGCGUUGUGGUUUACUGACACACUCGGAAGCGAUCGGUGCGAAGACAUGAUCCUCGUCGGACGAUCAUCAGUGACAGUUUGUUUACUGCUGAUUUGUUGUGAGUUUACGCACUUGAAUGUUGAAGCAGUUCCCGCCACAACUUCCCCAGAUCCAAAAGUUUCCAAAUUGAGUAGGAAGAAAGCCUCCAGACGAGUUCGAGUUUUACCUGAUCCUGCGGAAGUUCUGCUGAUUCCAGAUGUUUCCGAGCUAGACGCUGAAGUGGUCCUGCGUGACCUGGGUUAUAACGAUAUCGAGGAGGAUGACAUCGACCUCCACAGGAUGCCGGAUUCUUCGGAACUGGCUUUGAGCGAGAUCAUCCGGAUUUUCCAGCAUGACAACGAUAUCCCGGUGACGGGUGUUUUGGACGAUGAGACCAAGCUGGCUAUCGGAAGGCCACACUGCGGUUCGAAGAAGAGUGCAAAGCUCAAAACAGGUGUUCGAAAGUGGAGUAAAAACGUGAUCAGCUACAGUAUCGAGAACUUUCCACGUGGGAAGCGCGCAGCUCCCAUUCAGUCGAUGCUCAAGAAGGCAUUUAACGAGUGGAGUAAGGUGACGAAUUUGGACUUUGUGGAGGUGGAUGGUGUGGAUGCCGAUAUCGAGAUCAAUUUUGGGGGCCGACUGCACAAGAAACGUGGCAGCCGGUGUACGUUUGAUGAUGCAAACACUCUGGCCCAUGCCUUUUUCCCAGAAGUUGGUGAUAUUCACUUCCAUACCAGGUACUUCUUCAACGACGAGGAUGUUACGUUGGAAGACUUCCUAGAUACGGCAAUGCAUGAGAUCGGACACUCGCUGGGUCUGGAGCAUUCGAGAUCGAAGACCUCGCUUAUGCAUCCUACCGAGAGCAACCGGUUUACUGAGCCUCAGCCAAUCGACAUUAAGAGUAUCCAAGAAAUGUACGGAGUUCGAAGAGGCGGAAGGUCCAUGGGUAGUGAAGCUCCCAAGUUAUGUUCCUUGGAGAAAAUCGAUGCAGCGAUUCAAGAAUCGGACGGAAAUCUGUACGUUUUCUCGGGGAACUUCUAUUACAACGUGAACGAGAAACGUCCCGUUGGGCGGUUGAUAUCCUCAAAAUGGCCGGGACUUCCAGGAAAUAUUGAUGCCGCGCUAAGAUACGGAGACGGACGAAGCUACUUCUUCAAGGGUAACAAGUAUUGGCGAUUUGCAGACGGUCGGCUGAAUGCGGGUCACCCAAGGUUGAUCAGCGAGGGCUUCCGCGGGUUGCCAAGCAAUAUCGACGCGUUGAUGAGUGAUGAUGAUGGAGAUAUAUUUGCACUGAAAGGUGGCCAAUACUGGGUGUACGAUGUGAGCAAAAGGCGCGUCGGUUCGGAGUAUCCUGCCAGGAUGAGGGAUAUGGGAUUACCGGCAAACGUCGAUGCAGCGUUGGAUACCGAGGAUGAACUGGUUGCUUUCAAGGACGGUUUGAAGUACGUUCUGCAACCAAGUGGACGAUUUCGAGUGGACGAGAAUGAGUGGCUGGUGUGUGAGUGAGAGGUACACACAAAUCGCAAAUAAUGAAAACGAAAUGCGAAAAUAGAUAAAACUAAAUAUGUUUCAUCUCAAUGUGAAAAAAAAUCCUAAUAAUUUCGUUAUUUUCCACAGAAAUUUCGUUACCUACUGCAAAAAAUAGUUUCGUG